GCAGCAUAUGAUGUCAUGGCUUGUGCUGGUCUGUGCUCUCUCUCUCUCCCCACCCUCUGUUCUUCAUCUCCCUCCCCUCUCUCUCCACCUCUCUCAUCUUUGUGAAGGUGGUGUGAGUGGCAGGGCUAGGAGGAGGACACACAGCAUUAGCACGGGCAUCCCCAGCAUCAUCACUCAGCAUCCCUUCACCUAAAAGGACAGAAUGGCAGAGGGCUCAGUAUCAGAAGCAGAGAUAGAGACGGCCUUCAAGAAGUUUGCCAUUCAUGGGGACACCAAGGCUACUGGGAAGGAGAUGAACGGCAAGAACUUUGCCAAACUCUGCAAGGACUGCCGGGUUAUCGACGGCAAGAACGUCACCGCCACCGACGUGGACAUCAUCUUCACUAAAGUCAAGGCGAAGACAGCUCGUGUGAUCACCUUUGAGCAAUUCAGCCAGGCCCUGUCAGAGUUGGCCCCGAAACGUUUCAAAGGGAAGGGCCAGGAGGAGACGCUGCAGCAGCUCUAUGGCCUCAUAGCAGGGAAGGAGCCCUCCAACGCGGGCGUCACCAAAGUGGCCAAGGCAGCGGCGGUGGACAGACUGACAGACACCACCAAAUUCACGGGGGCACACAAGGAGCGUUUUGACGAGACUGGCAAAGGGAAGGGCAAGGCUGGGCGAGAGGAGAUCCCAGAUGCCAGUGGCUAUGUGGGGGCCUACAAGGGCAAGGGCACCUAUGAGGAUAAGGUCAAGGAAGCAUAGGCAGGAUAGAGGAAACAGAGAGAGAGCUACUCAGACCCUACCAUUUACCCCAAAGACCCCCUAAAUACUGGACUUUCAAUUAGAACUGAGAACUGAACAGGUACAGGAGGAUGGACUGUUCAGUCACUGGAUGCCAUAGUAUCAGGGGAGGCCGCCAUUGUCAAUAAUAAUUUAUUCUUAACAGACUUGCCUAGUUAAAUAAAGGUUACAUUUAAAAAUGAUAAAUAUAUCCUCAGAGUUACAGGGUGGUGUUGGGGUGGUAGGAUGGAGAGGGCAGGUGUAACGCUUCCAGUGCAGAGUAAAUCUGAAUAUGAAACAUUACCUGUAUUAGUUGAUAAAGAAUAAUGAUUUCGUAGGGAGAAAAUUUACUUAAAUAAUCUAUAUACUCCCCCUUCGUAAAUGCUCCAGCCCAACCCCUGACCCCAUCCCUCCCAGCUUUACUAAACACCUCAGUCAGCACACUUAUUACUACAGGAAGUAACUCAGCUCCCUACUACUACAGGAAGUAACUCAGCUCCCUACUACUACAGGAAGUAACUCAGCUCCCUACUACUACAGGAAGUAACUCAGCUCCCUACUACUAUACACAUUGUGCCUUAUCAUUGAGGUUGCUUCUAACACUAAUGCCCUGGUAUUAUGCACUUCCUUCACCCACAUCCUUCUCAACUGAUGUUCAUAGCUUCAUCGGCUCUGCUAUAAUAACUGUAUAUUGGAAAUGGAAAUGAAUGAAUUAAUAAAUGCAUUAUUAGAUGAAGUAAUAGAUGAAUGAAUGGUGAAUACAUUCAAAUAUAUAUCAACUGUAUCUGGACAUUAUAGUCCUUUGCUUGUGCUGUAGAUUGGACACAUGGAAUAAGAGACAGAUGAGUCCUCUCCUCCUCUGAGAAGAUGAGAACACACUGUCUGUUGGAGGACUGGGAGCCUCCUGACUGCACUGCAUUGUUGUUCUGUCCUUCCUGAUCACUGUCCAGUCUAGCUGUGUCUCCCUCUGUCCUGAAGAGCUGGAAAAUACUGUGUAAACGCUCAAAUAAAUCACUGAGCAGCAAAUCAGA